UUGAACGCUGUGUGCUCUGUCACAUAAAUUGAUGGAGUACUUGUCUUAUUUAUUUGUUGUGUUUGUAGAUAAAUAUUAAAAUAAAAAUGUUAGGAAACCUUAAAGACUUUAUUUCAGUAGUGCAAGAUGGCCUAAGUUCAAACAACAACCUGCGGCACACGUUACAAGAAGUACAGAGGGUGAAGAAUAUUUUUAAAGACAAACAGAAAGUGCAUGUGGAAAGUAAAGUAAACUAUGGAGCAGGGGGUGAAUUGUUGGAAAAAUUCCAGUCACAUUGGGCAGAAUUGCAUGAGAACGCUGAUAAGAACGCCAAGGCAGCUGAUGAGGUUGAUAAAUUGAUUCUGGAGUUGCACGAUACGACAAAAAUGCGGUUACAAAGUGCGAAUGAGUUAGCACAAAGUUUGUUGCAUUUGCCGAACCUAACAGCCGCGGUGGCACAGUGUAUGGAUAGUUUGAAGAACGUGGAAAGUCUCCUGCAGAGUGUGGAGGAGGAGCUGGUCGAGUUUGAAGAUAUUGUCGAGAGAAGUAACAUGGAGAAAUGGAAAUUAGAUCAUCACUACCAUCUCACUUUGUACAAAGAGAAAAAAAUGGCAUCUCUAGAAGCCACCCGAUGUAAGCUGGCCAAAGAGAACUCUGAGCAGAACUGGGAGCGGGAACGGAGGCAGCUGGCAGAAUUGCAGAGCAAUCGGGAGACAAGUGCUAUGGCAUUCCAACAAGACAUUGCCAAAUACAUCACUAGUGGGGCUUUGCCAGCUGGACUGUCACCUGCACCGAAAGUGACUCUAGAACAAAUACAACUGGAUGACGACCAGACAGAUUUGGAAAAGUUCCUGGACAGCUGAUAUGAUCACAUCAGUACUGUGAACACUUGGUGAUGAUGAGAGCUUCAAGUGCAAAAGUAUAUUUAUGAUUCUAGCCUGUUAGGAAGACUAUAUUGUAUAUUCCAAAGUUAAUAUAAACAUUGUUGACUAA